UAAGCUCUCUUUUGGUCUCAGCUUUUCCAGGUGAUUGGUGGGCGUGGUGCCCUCAUCCACAGAGGCUGUAGCUUCCACUUGGGUCCGUUGUGGCAUUAAGUGCGUGCACCAGAAGGCGAAAGAGCGCACAAGGCAAAAGGAGGCGGCCCUGGAAGCUGUAGUUAUUCCACUUCCCAGUUUCUGAAGCUGCUGUCCCAGACUUCAUUACGCAAAGAGCGGACAACUUUGUUUCUGGCUGGAUCAGGGAUAACCCUGCUAAGUGCCUGACCCUAAUCCCCCUCUUCAACUCUAGCAGCGGCUGGUUGUGGGCAGCACAAAGAAGGUUGAGCUUCCUGACUUCUUGUAAACUGCCCCACCUUAGCGUCCCGGGGAUGGAGGCUGCCAACCGGAGCAGUAGUGACUCGAGCAGACAGGCCUCGUCCUCAGGGCCGGCGGCCCCAUCUACAGCGGCCGCUUCCUCUUCAUUGUCUACGACCUCCGGGGUAACCAUCCCUCCAGCUUUCCUUCGGCCCCCUACCCUGUUCUUGAGGGCAGCAGCAGUGGCGGCCGCCGGGAAUGGAGCUUGUCCCUCUGCUGCAGGGCUGGAGAGGGGGGUUGGCGCCUUGGGCUGUGGGGGCUACCCACGGACACCCAAGUGCGCCCGCUGCCGCAACCACGGGGUGGUGUCCGCGCUCAAGGGCCACAAGCGUUUCUGUCGCUGGCGGGACUGUGCCUGCGCCAAGUGCACCCUGAUCGCCGAGCGCCAGCGAGUGAUGGCCGCGCAGGUUGCACUCCGACGGCAACAGGCUCAGGAGGAGAGCGAGGUCCGCGGGCUGCAAAGACUCCUCUACCCGGGACAGGCCGCUGGUAGUCGGGGAGCUGGAGGCUGCGUGAACUCAGAACUUUCCCCAGCAGCAGGGGGUGGAGUGGGGGUUGCAGAGGGGCUGAACCUGGGAACUGGGUGUCUAGGGAGUCGGCGGGCUGCUCCUUUCGAUAUUUUCUACCCAGAUUACCGGGAAGAUAAAAGAGAUUCAAAGGUUCAGAAAGUUGGCUCAUACCACAGUAGUCUAGAUAGUCCAAUAACCACCUCACUUCAGCUUUCCUUGAGAUCUCCUGAGUCUAUUGGUGCUAAUGGAGAUGAUGAAGAGAAGCCAUCUGGGUCAGAAAACUCAGACAAGGAAGAGAGCAUUCAAUCCCCUCACCCUGAGGAGCAGUCAGAAGGUACAGAGAGUCCUAGAUCUUUGUCAUCCUCUGAUAUGGAAUCAGGAAAUGAAAGUGAAUUGGCCAAAGACUUUGCUGCUCCUAGGUCCAAUCUUCCCACAGUUUCCUCCAGAUCAAGAGACCCACUUGAUAUUCUUACUAAGGUUUUCCCAAGUUACAAACGCAGCCGACUAGAAAGUAUUCUGCAGUACUGCAAAGGAGAUGUAGUCCAAGCCAUAGAAGAAGUCCUGAAUGGAAAAGAACACAAACAAGACACUGCAGACUUUGUAAACUCAGUGGGAGCCGAAUUGACAGCUUUGCAAAGAACUAAUUUUAGCUUAGCUGGGCUAGGGAAAGGAACGCUAGGGAAUAAAUCAGCCUUUUCUCCUUUGCAUACUAGUUCCACUCCAUUUGGGGGUGAUCCAAAUCUCUAUAGCCUAAAUCCUAGGCUAGGUAUCAGUCCAUUACGUCUAUCAUAUUCCUCUCCAGGAAGAGCACUGUCUAGUUUUAUGUCACCCUACCUAACAACUGGGCUGGUUCCAGCUUUGCCUUUCCGGCCAACUAUAGACUAUUCAUUUUCAGGAAUGAUCAGGGAUGCUUCUUACUUUACCAGCAAAGACUCAGUGACCAGUAGUGGACUAUAUUCCAGAUUAAAUCAGGAAAAUCAGUAAUUUUUGUCCCUUUUCAUGGAAUAUUUUGGGGAUCAUGCAAGUGUUGCCAGUGUUGUGACAUCUGUCCUCAAAAAUAUUUUUUUCUUCAAACAUUAAAUUACUUCCCUAAAGAAGCAUUUGACAAUGAUGUGUGCCUUGAAUGAACCUGUAUUAAGAAAUGUUAUAUUUCUAAAGUGAAAUAUUGAAAACCACCUAUUAGCAAUAACUAUGUAAAGCUGUUUAUCUUACUUUCUAAAUGAUUUUCUGUUAAAAAGUUGCUUUGACAAAAAUAACAACUGUAAAACUGAAAUUUAUUUUGGUGAAAGGUAGUUUUAUUUGUCUUUAAAAAACUUUUGUAGUUGAAAAUCUAUCCAGUGUAUGGUAAAUUGUUGCAAGUUAAAUGUUCACUGUGAGAUCGA